AUGCUGACAAUCUUGAAUGAGAUGGAAGCGAAGACGGGUGUUCAGUGCUCUGUAUACUACGUCUUCGAUCUUGAAGAUCUCAGUUUCGAUCCCUCACUUCUAGGAAUCCUCAGCGGUCCUUUCCGGGUCUCGUGGCAGUUGAUAGGUCAACAUUAUCGAGAGUUCAUCAAUCGAUUUAUCGUCAUCAAUGCUCCCAGUUACAUUAAUGUGCUUUGGAGCGCUAUUUCGCCAUUUAUACCGGAAGGUGCCAAGAGUCGAAUAGCGAUCACCGGGAAAACUUGGCCAGAAGAGAUAUUGGAGUUGGCCGACCGCGACUGCCUUCCUGAACGAUACGGUGGAGAAGUUCCCGACGAGAAAGUGCUAAGAAAUCCAAAACCUGUACCAAAAAACCUGUACUGGCAGCCAAAACCGGAUUAUCCGGCCGUGGCCACGAUGCAUCGUAUCUCGAUUUCCGACAUCGUGCUACAUUUUUUUAUAGUUUUUCACUGA